UUGAAAAGUCAUAGGACAUUUUCUAAGCCGCAAGAAUAUAUCAACUUUCAUUUUCCUUUUGUUUAAUUUAUAAUUCUUUUACAUUUUUUACAAUUUGUUCUCGUAUUUCUUUAAACUCUGUAUUUUAUAUAUAAUACCUACCUUUUCGAGAUCUCAAAAUUGCUAAUAAAACUUUAAAUUAAACGCGUGAUUUUUAUUAUGAACACAAUACCUUACGGUCGUAAGCAAGGUAAAGUCAAGUUCUUCAACUGCCAGAAAGGAUACGGAUUUAUCAUUCCUCAUAAUCUCGGUAUUAGCGAAAAAGUAGAAGUUUUUGUGCAUCAUACUGCAAUUCAUAACAAUGGUGGUUUUAAGAGUCUUGCUGAGGGAGAGGAUGUGGAAUUUGACUUGAUCAAAGGCCCAAAAGGCCUUCAAGCUGCUAAUGUUAGUGGACCAAAUGGAAUUUCAGUUAAAGGAGAUCCGAAUGCUCCUGGUAGUAAUAAAAGAAUUAACAAUUACCUUAGUGUCGAUACAAAUCGUACUACUUAUAAUAAUACUGGUGGAUAUGGAACUCGGUUGGGAAUGAACCAGGCUUAUCAUGCUUUGCAAACUCCUUAUUUUCAGCAACAAAUGUCACAUUUCGCAUCUCAACAACCAUUUGGUACACAACAAUUUACCAAUUUUGUUGCUCAAGCAUAUGGUAAUCCAUCAACCGGCCAACCACCUAAUGUGAGUAAUAAUUCUGUAUCACAACCGCAAAAUCUCGCGUACGCGGCGCAGCCCAUAUUUUCUCAAUAUAAUGGUUCCGUUAAUAGCGCGAAUACAACUUAAAUGAAAUGUUGGUAAUCGACAGGUUUAAAAUAGAAAAAUUCAUUUUUUUUUCUAUAAAAAAAGAAAAAAAAACCAAAAGUGUAUGUGUAUAUUCAUUCAUUCAUUACUGGAUGUCUAUUUUUCAUAUUAGUUUAA